UGCUAAUGCUGACGUCGACUUCUGCAGCAAAAUGGCGUCGUUGACACCAGUCAUGCAGACGGACCGGUCCCGUUCUUUAUCCUCGUCCAAAAAACGGACCGCAAUGUUCACCCAAAGGACGUUCAGACUUUUGGACAACAAUGUUCUUUUAUUCCUCUCGUUAGCGUCCAUGUUGCAUUGCGCUUUGGCUGAUGGUAAGACGUUGGUUCUGCUGGACAACCUCAACAUUAGAGACACCCAUUCAAUCUUCUUCCGCAGUUUGGCAGAUCGUGGCUUUGACAUCACAUUCAAGACAGCUGAUGAUCCCUCCCUGUCUCUGAUCAAAUAUGGCCAGUUCCUGUAUGACCAUUUAAUCAUCUUUUCACCAUCAGUUGAAGACUUUGGAGGAAACAUCAACGUGGAGACAAUUACAUCCUUCAUUGACGGUGGAGGCAACGUCCUGGUUGCUGCCAGUUCAGAUAUUGGUGAACCUCUGAGGGAGCUUGGCAGCGAGUGUGGCAUUGAGUUUGACGAGGAGAAGACUGCUGUAAUUGACCAUCACAACUACGAUGUGUCAGAUCCUGGAGAGCACACCCUGAUUGUUGCUGAUCCAGAGCACCUGCUGAAGGCUCCUACUAUUGUUGGCAAAGCCACCAAUAAACCUGUUUUGUUCAAGGGUGUUGGCAUGGUGGCAGACCCAGACAACCCUCUAGUCCUGGACAUCCUUACCGGCUCUUCUACCUCCUACUCCUUUUUCCCUGACAGACCCAUCUCUCAGUACCCCCAUGCUGUUGGCAAGAACACCCUGAUGAUCGCAGGUCUUCAGGCGAGAAACAACGCCAGAGUGGUUUUCAGCGGCUCCCUGGACUUCUUCAGUGAUGCUUUCUUCAACUCUGCUGUGCAGAAGGCUACACCUGGCUCCCAGUGGCAUGAGCGGACAGGGAACAUGGAGCUUGCUGAGGCUCUGUCUCGCUGGGUGUUCAAGGAGGCCGGAGUCCUCAGGGUGGGAGCUGUUACCCAUCAUCCUGUCGGAGAGACCACUCCCCCUGCCGCAUACACGGUCACUGACCUUGUGGAGUACAGCAUCGUCAUUGAGAUGUUGUCUGAGGGCCGUUGGGUUCCCUUCGACGGAGAUGACAUUCAGCUUGAGUUUGUGAGGAUUGAUCCCUUUGUCAGGACUUAUCUGAAGAAAAAUGGAGGCAAAUACAGCGUCCAGUUCAAGCUGCCGGAUGUUUACGGUGUCUUUCAGUUCAAAGUGGACUACAACCGACUGGGAUACACACAUCUCUACUCCUCCACUCAGGUAUCUGUACGUCCCUUGCAGCACACUCAGUACGAGCGCUUCAUCCCCUCAGCCUUCCCAUACUAUGCCAGCGUCUUCUCCAUGAUGGCAGGCCUCUUUGUCUUCAGCGUAGUCUUCCUGCACAUGAAAGAGAAGGAGAAGUCAGACUAAUGCAGAAAAACAACUAGAAUUGGAUUUACAGUGUGAAGAGUUGAAAUUGAAUGUCUUGAAUAUUCACGCGGGGACUUGGACUACCGUCCUCCAUUAAAAAUACAGUAUCUCCUUGGUUUUUGGGGCACUCAGCUAACAGGGGUCUGGAGGCCAAUAGGGGUGCUGACUGUGAUGCAGUGGUUGGGUUUUUUUUUUGUUUUUUUUUUUUACGUUUUUUUGUUUUUGUACUCUGAAAUCACUCAAGACCUGUAAAUGUUCUGAAGUCAGUCAGCGUUUGUAUAAAGUUGCUUUACAUUUGAUAAAAGUAUCUUGUUAGUAGAGCACUUUCCUUGGAACAUAAAAGAAAUCCAUAUUAAAAUUUGUCCCACAUUUUCUCAAUCAGGAAAGAAUAUUGUGGUAAUGACAUGCACUGAAAUGCCAAGUGUUCAUAUUUGAUAAAACUUUGUGUUUCCAAUAAAGUUGGAAUCUUAUAAUAAAAUAUUGACAUUCCACACU